AUGAGCUCAUCCUCUUCCUCCUCCCUCUCACAUAUAGGGAGACAAACAACUGGAAUACCUACUCGUUGUUGGUGUGGAGCUAAUCUAACUACAUUUGGUGCUCAAACUAAAGAAAACCUCUUCCGCAGGUUCUACCGAUGCGAGAUUUGGCUAAAGAGGAAACAUGAGCAACACUUGUUCAAGUGGAUCGACGAGGCAAUCGUUGACGAAAUCAACAUUGUUGAUGCUAAACACUCCCAACUGAAAGAAGAUGUUGACUCUUUCAAGGUGUCUACAACAAGACGUUUGGAAAAACACGCGAAACAAAUCGACCAAUCCCUCCAACAGAUCAAAAUGCUAAUGGAAGCGAAGACAAAUACCUGUGCCACUCAGGACAACUAUGCUUCGACUUCUGAAGAUCCUCAACCAUCAACCACGAUUUCCUCAUCUUCCAAUCCGUUGACCAACAUCGCAGUUGCAGCCAUUGCACUUGGAGCAAUGGUCUGGAUCUAUGCUAGAAUCAGCAACUAG